UGCUAGAGAGAGCCCUCUUCAGUGUGUUUCUGAGUUACAAGGACUUGGCUUGCUAGAAGGCAGAAAGCAAUGAAGGCAGCAAUGAAAAUCCAGCUGGUAUGCGUGAUGCUUCUGGCUUUUAGCUCCUGGAGUCUGUGCUCAGAUUCUGAAGAGGAAAUGAAAGCAUUAGAAGCAGAUUUAUUGACCAAUAUGCAUACAUCAAAGAUCACUAAAGCUAGUGUUCCUUCUUGGAAAAUGACCCUGCUCAAUGUUUGCAGUUUUGUAAAUAACCUGAACAGCCAAGCUGAAGAAACAGGAGAGGUUCGGGAAGAGGAGCUUGUUACAAGAAGGAAAUUCCCUACCACUUUAGAUGGCUUUAGCUUGGAAGCAAUGCUGACAAUAUACCAGCUCCAAAAAAUCUGCCACAGCAGAGCCUUUCAACACUGGGAGUUGAUACAGGAAGAUAUUCUUGAUAAUGGAAAUGACAAAAAUGAAAAGGAAGAAGUCAUAAAGAGAAAAAUUCCUUACAUUCUGAAGCGGCAGCUGUAUGAAAAUAAGCCCAGAAGACCCUAUAUCCUCAAAAGAGGUUCUUACUACUACUGAGAAG